CCCUUCCCACCUCCGCCCACUUGACGCGAUGACGCACGGCAGGUUUGCGGACGUGGCGGCGGCGCACGGCACGAAAGGCGGAGACGUUGGUGGCGGCGGCAGCGGCGACGAGGGUGGAGGAGGACAGGGGCAGUCAGAGACUGAGGCUCGGCCAUGAACUGGCCCGGGACGGCGGCGGCGGACCUGGUGGCCGUCUCCUCGUUGAGUCCCCCCUGCUAACGGGACAGAUUUGGACAUGGCUGGGAGGCAUCAGAAUCGUAGUUUUCCUCUUCCAGGAAUUCAUUCAAGUGCUCAAGUACAUGCAUUUGGAAAUUGUACAGACAGUGAUAUGUUGGAGGAAGAUGCUGAAGUGUAUGAGCUUCGAUCCCGAGGAAAAGAAAAAAUCCGAAGAAGUACAUCAAAAGAUAGACUUGAUGACAUUAUAGUGUUAACAAAAGAUAUACAGGAAGGAGACACUUUAAAUGCAAUAGCCCUUCAAUACUGUUGUACGGUAGCAGAUAUCAAGAGGGUUAACAAUCUCAUCAGUGACCAAGACUUUUUUGCCCUUAGGUCUAUCAAAAUUCCAGUAAAAAAGUUUAGUUCAUUGACUGAAACACUUUAUCCUCCAAAAGGAAGACAGGCUUCACGUCCUUCUACUGUUCAAUACCUUCCAGAACAACAGGAACUUUUGUCAGCUAAUGACUCUCUUUCUUCCACUGAGUCAGCUGGUAGCUUUCUAAAAGAAGUAGACCGGGACAUCGAACAAAUAGUAAAAUGUACAGACACCAAAAGAGAGAACCUGAAUGAGGUGGUGUCUGCUUUGACAGCACAACAGGUCCGUUUUGAACCUGACAACAAAAACAUUCAACGGAAGGACCCUUAUUAUGGAGCAGACUGGGGAAUAGGGUGGUGGACAGCUGUAGUGAUAAUGUUGAUAGUAGGCAUAAUAACACCAGUGUUUUAUUUGCUGUAUUAUGAAAUUUUAGCUAAGGUGGAUGUCAGUCACCAUUCAACAGUGGAUUCUUCACAUUUGCAUUCAGGAGUCACACCCCCAUCACAGCAGAGAGAAAUGGAAAAUGGAAUUGCUCCAACUAAAGGAAUACCCUUUGGUCCACAAGAUGAUCAUAAACUAUAUAGUCAAGAUUCUCAAUUACCUGCUGCUCAACACAAAACAUAGCAGGCAGUUCACAGUUACAGUGUUACCAAUCAUAUGUGCAUUUGGAAUGUGGUGAAUCAGUUACAGUCAGUCACCACUUCAAAGGCAGAAUUUAGGGAGACUGAAGAUGCUUUUUCACCUUUUGUUAUUUGGAGCCACUUACAAUGGGUUGAGUAUAAAAUCACUACAGUUGCUAGUUGUUGAUAUUGAAAGCAGUGAAUCUGUAUCUGUUUUAUCAAUGCUUAAAGCAGAAAUGAAUUUGAAUAUGUGUCCAGGAAGUUCUUGAAAAAUGCAUCAUUUUUCUUAGUCAAGACUGGUUAUCUUUAAAUUUUAUUUUUAAAGUAUUUUUGUUUUGAGGUUAUUAGUAAUAAAUUUAUUAAGCAAAUAAUGAUAGCAUCAGAUGUCUGCAACUGAUGGAGAUUUUAAUACUGUGAACCAUCAAGAUGUUCAGUUGCAAGAAAGUCAUUCUAAAAUUAUUUGAUAGCACUUAAAAUUCUAUUUUGAAGUUUUAAAAAAAAUUUAGUUCAUACACUAUGAAAGCAUAAGUAGAACAGAAAUGGGAAAGUUAUCUAUAAUGUCUGUACUAGAGGGUGAAAUGUAUUAUUAUUAAACCCCCCAAAUAAUGUGUUACUGUUGGGAAGUUGCCAUUUGGUCAUUAGAACACUGGAUUAUGUCAGGUCGUAAAAGUUAUCUUUCUCUCUUAAAGAAUACUGCCACUGCUUCUGUUUUUUAAGUAAUUUUAUUUGCCUCUGAUAUUUGAAAGCACUUUUGUUGUUCUUUGAUGAAAGUGUUACACGUGUACAGAUUACCAUUAUUUAGGAAAUAUUUCCUUACAUACUGUAAUAAGUUGUUGCUGUAUUACAUGUAGUAACAUGCCUUAAUUAUAUUUAACGCCUUAUAUAAUUUUCAGAAUUAAGCAUUGUUUUAGAUAGUCCAAUAGGAUUCAUAACAUAGGCCGUAUAAAAUUAGCCUCCACCUGCACUAUCAAGCACAAGUUAAUGGGAUGAAAACAUUUUCAGUCUGUCUCUGAGGUCUGUUGCAGAAAAGCAGGGGUAAAGAGACUGUUAGCAUGAGCAGUAACAGACAUAUUGCUUUAUUGAUCCCUUUGCCUCUAGAGUUUUUCAAAGAGAAAAUGUUCAACUUAGAUCCUUUUUCCUUGAAUUAGAGCAUCACAUCACUCUGGGGAACAGAGGCCAGAGGUGUAUGGUUUGGUCAGAAAGAAGGGGUUUAUAGGGCCACAUUUUAAGAUCUACUGUGGAUCAGACAGACUCUGACUAAAUUGCAUUUGCAUAUUGAUUCCAUGAUUUAAUUUUUAAAAGUAUCUGUUUUUAAAAUGUUACCAAAAUAAUUCAUUAGAAGCAAGAUUUGGUGGAGUCUGGCUUGCCUGUUUUGUGUAUAAUAAAGUAUGUACCUUAAGAUACAUUAUAACACCUCAUUUUCUGGGCAUUAUUUCCUAACUUUUAAUGUUUAAAAUUUUUGACCAGCUGUUUUAUAUUUCAGAUUUCAAUCUGGAUACAAAGUGAGGUGCAUGCUUAAUGAGGCUUAAUGUACUUUCAGGAGCAAUGUGUCUGAGAAAGACAGGACAAAGAAGUCAAACAUUAAAGCCCUUCCAUAUAUAUCAGAGGGCCUUAGAUAAUUACCAGAAAGCGUUAAUAUGGAAGUCUGUAGCAAAUUGAUUUUUUGAGUGACUGUAUUUGAGACUUUAAAAAUUGCUUUAAUGUGCCUUGGUCAUCUUUCUAAUUUAUGCUCAGUGUUAACUUGGUCAGUUUACAUUGUAUUUAUUAAGCCUGCUGAAAAUCAAGUUUUAGGGAAGAAAAUAAAGAUUAUUUUAGGAUAGAAUGGGCUAGAUGGCCUUUGAAGAACUUUGUUUACAUCAAAUUGAUGAAAUUUCAGAUAGUCAAGGAUUCCUUUCUGCUUGUGAUACUUGGAAAUUGACAGAAGUCUGAUUUCCAAAAUCACUAACAUUUUAAAAAGUAGGUGUUCUGUGUUGGUUAGAAACAUUUUCUGUCUUGCAGAGUGUCCUAUUCCUUGAAGAAAGUAUAACAUAUCCUUAUGACACAGGCAGUUUCCUUUGUCCUUAUGUUUGAAUUAUAUAUAAUUAAAAUUAAAUAUAUAUUUUUACUUGAUUGAAUAGUUUGAAUUACAUAUAAUUCUAUAUAUAUGUUAUAUAGAGAAUUCUAUAUGUUAUAUAUAUAGAAUUCUAGAUUUUAAUCCUUAUCAUUUAAAAACAAUUUCCUAAGCAUUUAAUAGAUAAAAUAAUUUUAACUUUUAAAAAGUACUAAGUAGUACUACAAAAUUUGUAGUAAAUGCAGAUUGCUUUGUAAAACUUAAUAAAACAAGAAAAGUUAUCAUUUGAUAUUGUGGCUUUUGUGUUGAAACCCUUAUCUGAAUUUACUUUGAGACUUUACAUUAGAAGAUACAUACACACGUAUGUACAUACGGAUGUAAAAGUAACAACUGUGAAUCACUGCAUUUGGUUCACUUAAAAUGUUGGAGUUUCAAGUGUUUAAGAAAAACCUGCUUAAUUUUAAAAGGGGCAGUUCUUUCUUAAAGUUUGGGUACAAAUGGUUAAGCUUGUUUCAAACAAUGGAUGGUAUUUAAAUUAUUUUUGCAAUCCUAUUCCUAGAAAAUUAUAGGCUUUGUGUCCUUAGUAGAUAUAUUAAGAUCAGUUAUAGAGUCAUUAGGAAUUAGAAGACAGUAAUGUUAACUUCUUCGAAAACUUGUGUUUUAAAGCUUGUCUUUUUCUGAACCCUACUCGUUCAAUGGCCUGAAGAGUUCUUUAAAUGAACCACUAUUUAGUCAUUAGUUUUACUCAAAUUACCUACUUGGAAUAUGAAGCAUACAGUUAAUUAGGUUUUAGAAAUACCAUGAAACAGGAUCCAGUCAAAGUGUUACAGAGUAAAGGUGGAGUUUUGGGAAGUCUGUAUUUAAACGGUACAUUAUGAUGGGAAUCAUUCUUAUUUUGAAUUACGUUGCUCAGGAAAUCAGUAUUUUUCUUCCAAGUAUGUGCAUAUUGCACUGUUGGAUCACAGAAAUCUGAAUGCUUUAAUUAUUUUAUGUAUGCAAAUUAUAUAAAACUUUUGUAUAAUAUAUUUUAUACAAAUGCAGCAUGGAAUUGUAGAAUAUUAUGUUAGCAUGUACAUCUGUAAAACUGGGUUUUAAAACUUUCUGCCCCUUAUUUUUCACAUUUUAAAAGAUAUAAAAAAUGUAAUAAAGUUUCUAUUUUAUUAUUCAAUCAAAAA